GUAAUUCUCACAAGUCCAUGAUUCAGUUAGUUAACUACACCUAAUCUUGACAACUCCUGGUAAUCUUUUUCCCAAGUUGUCAGAGCAAACAAAUAUUCCAAAGUUCAGAAAAAAGCAGUAAGAACAGAAAAGGAAAACUAUCACCUACGCCCUCUUUUCACCCUCCUCUGGCCUCUCUACCCAUAACCACCUUCACAAACCUGUUUUAAGCCUGCAAGAUCGCAUCUUUCUUCGCCAUCUGUUUAUGUUUAAAAAUGACUAAACUCAUCUGAAUAGUCUCAGAAAGUUUCUUGUCACAAAUCCCUAUAUACCCACCAAAAUUUAAGAGCAUAUAUACACACUCUGUUUUGUAUAUACAUUACUGAUUUCAUCAUUAUCCCAUCAUCUCUCGCUUUUGCUGUGUAUAAAUUUGCAGAAAGGUUUUGAUUUCUCUGACCAUAAUUCUCGAACUUUCAAACCCAGUUUUUAUUGUGUGUGAUUUGGUGGCCGGCGAGAAGAUGGAAGAACAGGGUGUGGGUUUGAUGGGUUCCGGCAGCGGCGGCGGACUGGGUGGUCCGGCGGAUGUUUCCACGGCGCAGCUGAAGGCGGAGAUCGCGACGCACCCGCUUUGUGAGCAGCUGGUGGCGGCCCACGUGUCAUGCCUCCGUGUUGCCACGCCGAUUGAUCAGCUGCCCCUGAUUGAUGCUCAGCUGUCUGAGUCUCACAAUCUGCUGCGCUCUUAUGCUUUGCAUCACUCUCCCAGCCUUUCCCCUCUUGAAAGGCAAGAACUUGAUCACUUCUUGUCACAAUACUUGUUAGUAUUGUGUACAUUUAAAGAACAGGUUGAGCAACAUGUGAGAGUCGAUGCGGUUGAAGCAGUUAUGGCGUGCCGUGAAAUUGAGCACAACUUACUAGCUCUCACCGGAGCAAGUUUGGGUGAAGGAACAGGUGCAACAAUGUCUGAUGAUGAAGAUGAGUUGCAGAUGGAUUUCACUUUUGAUCAAACAGGAACUGAGGGGAAUGACUUGAUGGGAUUUGGGCCACUGCUCCCUACUGAAUCUGAAAGGUCACUCAUGGAGAGGGUUCGUCAAGAGUUAAAGAUUGAGCUAAAACAGGGAUUCAGAUCAAGAAUUGAGGAUGUAAGGGAGGAGAUAUUAAGGAAGAGAAGAGCUGGGAAAUUGCCAGGUGACACUACCACUGUUCUUAAGACCUGGUGGCAGCAACACUCAAAGUGGCCAUAUCCAACUGAAGAUGACAAGGCAAAACUAGUUGAGGAAACAGGAUUGCAGCUCAAGCAAAUCAAUAACUGGUUUAUCAACCAAAGGAAGCGCAACUGGCAUAGCAAUUCACAGUCAAUGACAUCUCUCAAGUCCAAGCGCAAGAGAUAAAGGCACAUACAAUUAACCAUUUGUUUAAAACACAUGAAACAUCUUAUAUUGAUAUUGAUAGUUACUCUGCACACAAAUAUUGGAACCCUUUUAUGUGAUAGUGGUGGGGAAGAGAAAGAAGAAUUUAUUUCAAUCACAUCUUUAAUUAAUGAAAGUCACAUUUAAUUGGUUAGUUACAUUUAUAUAAUUCUAUCCUCAUUCCUCACCACUUUUCUAAAUUUCCCUCUGCAUAUAUGGUUAUAUAUUUUAAAUG